GACGAGGACGAGGACGAGGCGAGCAACGAGAGAGAGAGAGCACGACGAGGACGCACGCAAGCACGCAGGCAGGCGGACGAUGGCUCGGCCGAGCGGCCGUCGGUAGCGCUCCGCGUUCGGCCGCCUCGGCUCCACGAUGAGCGUCGCGCUGCAGGACCUCCGCAACACCAUGUCCAGCUACAAGCGAGCCACGCUGGAAGAGGACGAAGUGUCGGACGCCGCGCCCGAGGCCUCCUCGUCCCCGGACAGGCUGGAGGUGGGCUUCGCUAAGACCGGCCCGGAGUUUCUGGGCAGAAGAACCAGGACGGAGCUCGCGCUGGGCGUCUCGCUGCUCCUCAGCCUGCUGGCCCUGACGGCUUGCCUGCUCGUCCUCGGACUGGCCUUCGCUCCGGCAGGCGGCGGCGGCGGCGGCGGCGGCGGCGAUCUGUGUCUGACGGAGGCCUGCGUGAAGGUGGCCGGCCAGAUGGCGGAGGCCAUGGACCGCGGCGCCGACCCCUGCCGCGACUUCUACCAGUUCGCCUGCGGCGGCUGGAUGCGCAAGAACCCGCUCCCGGACGGCCGCUCGCGCUGGUCCACCUUCAACAGCAUCUGGGAGCAGAACCAGGUGCUCCUCAAGCACCUGCUGGAGAACGCCACCUUCAACGGCAGCAGCGAGGCCGAGAAGAAGACUCAGGCCUACUACUUUUCCUGCCUCAACACGCAGAAGAUCCAAGACUUGGGGGCCCGGCCGCUGGUGGACCUCAUCGCCAGGGCGGGGGGCUGGAACCUGACGGGAGCAUGGGACAAGGACAACUUCAUGGAGGUGCUGAAGUUGGUGUCGGGGCCCUACCGGGCGCAGCCCUUCUUCAGCGUGGCCGUCAGCACCGACCCCAAGAACUCCAACAGCAACGUCAUCCAGGUGGACCAAUCGGGGCUCUUCCUGCCGUCUCGCGACUACUACCUCAACAAGACGGCCAAUGACAAGGUUCUGCGGGCGUACUUGGACUACAUGGUGGAGUUGGGCACCCUGCUGGGGGCCUCGCCGGCGGCGGCGGCCGAGCAGAUGCGGCAGAUCAUGGACUUUGAGACGCGGCUGGCCGGCAUCACCGUGCCGCAGGACCAGCGGCGGGACGAGGAGAAGAUCUAUCACAAGGUCACCGUCGCCGAGCUGCAGACGCUGGCUCCGGCCGUGGACUGGCUGGACUUGCUGUCGUCGUGUUUGUCGCCGCUGGACCUCAACGACAGCGAACCCGUGGUGGUCUACGCGCGAGAAUACCUGCAGCAAGUCUCCCAGCUCAUCAACGGGACGGAGCGCAGUUUGUUGAACAACUACAUGAUGUGGAACUUGGUUCAGAAGAGCGUGUCCAGUCUGGAUCAACGUUUUGAGAACGCUCAGGAUAAGCUCCUGGAAAGCCUCUACGGCACCAAGAAGUCGUGCACGCCGCGCUGGCAGACGUGCAUCGGGAACACGGACGACACGCUGGGCUUCGCGCUGGGCGCGCUCUUCGUCAAGGCCACCUUCGACAAGCGCAGCAAAGACACGGCCGAGGAGAUGAUCGACGAGAUCCGAGCCGCCUUCAAACGAACGCUGGACCGACUCGCCUGGAUGGACGACGACACCAAACGAGCCGCAAAAGAAAAGGCAGAUUCCAUCUACGACAUGAUCGGUUUCCCCGAAUUCAUCAUGGACACCAAGGAACUGGACGACGUUUACGACGGGUACGACGUUACCGAAGAAAGCUUCUUCCAGAACACGUUGAACUUCUACAACUUCUCGUCGAGAGUCAUGGCCGACCAACUCAGGAAAACGCCCAACAAAGACCAGUGGAGCAUGACUCCGCCCACGGUCAACGCCUACUACAUGCCCACCAAGAACGGAAUCGUUUUCCCCGCCGGAAUCCUUCAGGCUCCUUUCUACGCCGGCGACCAUCCCAAGGCGCUGAACUUCGGCGGCAUCGGAGUGGUGAUGGGUCACGAGCUGACGCACGCCUUCGACGACCAAGGGCGCGAGUACGACAAGGAGGGCAACCUGAAGCCGUGGUGGCGCAACUCGUCGGUGGACGCCUUCCGCCGCAGGACCGAGUGCAUGGUGGAGCAGUACAACGGCUACGCCAUCAACUCGGAGCGCGUCAACGGGAAGCAGACGCUGGGGGAAAACAUCGCCGACAACGGGGGCCUCAAGGCCGCGUACGACGCGUAUCAGACGUGGGUCGGCAAGAACGGCGAGGAGAAGAGACUUCCUGCCGUCAACCUGACCAACGAGCAGCUCUUCUUCGUCGGUUUUGCGCAGGUGUGGUGCUCCGUCCGGACCCCGGAGAGCGAUCACGAGGGUUUGGUGACCGACCCCCACAGUCCGCCUCGCUACCGCGUCAUCGGCACGCUCAGCAACUCGGCCGAAUUCAGCCGGCAUUUCCGGUGCCCCGUCGGAACCCCCAUGAACACCGGCAGGCGCUGCGAGGUCUGGUAGAGCGGGACGGCGGACGCCGCCGCUCCCUCCGACCCGUCGGCCCCGCUUCGCACGCCUCCCUCCUCCGGCGCGCCCCGUUCAAAUGUUCCGCAUCGCGAUCGGGCUCUGAGAAGACGGUUCGCCGAGAAGCCCGAUCGCGAUCCCGAUCGCUUGAUUCGAGGGAGCCGUCCGGCGCGGGCUUCUUCUUCGCUUCCCGGAUGGCAUCGAGAUGGACGCCGCUGACUCGGCCCGGUCGGACCGAGGUUGAAGAUCGCGCCUUGGGGUGGAAUCGGAUGACAUCGGCGUUUUGACGGCGAUGAAGAAAAUACUCAGCCCACACCGCGCCGGCGCUCUCACUUCCGGUCAGUCGGCUCACUUCCUGCGGCCGGGAAGCCGUUGUCGUUUUCUUGUUGUCGUCGUGGUAACCAACGGCUCAACGCAUCCCGUUGACGCCCCUUCACCGUGACGUCCAUCCCCGUGGCCCAAAAAUUCGGCUCCGCGACUGCUCGUACGCAACACCUUGAAAGUGGCUUUGAAUGUGUGAACUUUCCAUCCAAAACAAAACGGUGGCUGAAAUAAAAUGCUUGCAAGGA